AUGACCGGGAACCAAGAGCAGUUUGAGAUCAAGUUUAGGUUGACAGAUGGUUCUGAUAUUGGCCCGAAAAGUUUUCCAGCUGCUACGAGUAUUGCAACGUUGAAAGAAAGUAUUCUUGCUCAAUGGCCAAAAGAUAAAGAGAAUGGGCCGAAGACAAUAAAAGAUUUGAAGUUAAUUAGCGCAGGAAAAAUAUUGGAGAACAACAGCACAGUUGGGGAAUGCCAGAGCCAGAAUCCUUUAUGUGAUACACCUGGUACAGUUACAACAAUGCAUGUGGUUGUGCAGCCACCUACUACAGACAAAGAGAAGAAGGCCGCAGGCGACGCAACACAGCAAAGAUGUGGUUGUGUUAUUUUAUAG